GACAGUAUUGCAUGGUGGACACAAUUGCAUCUGACACCGGCCUCAUAGAUGCCGAAUAGGUUGAUAUGAGAAACCCCAUGCAAAGUAGAACUUAGAAGUGGUGGUGGUGGUGGUGGUUGUUGGCUCUACUGAAAAUCAAAACAACAAAUAGCGCCCUCACUCGGUUUGUUUUCAUACUUAGCAGCGCGCAUCUUAAAAAUGGCGGACAGUCAACCCGUUCGUCUGCAAGAAAAAGAGAACAUGAUGAUUCUGGAUUUAUCUGGUCGAAGCUUGAAGAGGCUGGACCGGGUGAAGGAGACGGCCGAUGAGUCUUCGCCUUCCUCCUGCACAACUCUCAUCUUAGAUCGUAAUGCAAUCUCUAAGAUUGAGUACCUGGAGGACUUUCAUGCACUGCAGCAGCUUUCCAUAGCCAGUAAUCGUCUGGUACGCAUGAGUGGUAUCUCAAAGACAAGAACGCUACGUGUACUCAACCUACCUAAUAACAGCAUCCAGUCAAUAGAGGGCUUGAGGGAUCUACUCAACCUGGAAUGGCUUAACUUAUCUGGGAACAGCAUCAAGAGUAUUGACCACCUGAACAGCAAUCUGAGACUAAAACAUCUGGAUCUAUCUGACAACAGCAUCUCCUCGGUCAGCGACAUCUCCAUGUUAACAGGUCUCAAGACACUGUUGCUUCACGGUAACAUCUUGACCACGCUAAGGAGUGUACCGGCUUACUUCCCAACGUCCAUUGAAAUAUUAUCCCUGGCUGAGAAUGAACUCUCAGAUUUGGCAGAGGUAUCGUAUCUUUCCUGUCUGUCACAACUUCAACAGCUCUCCCUCAUGAACAACCCGUGCGUCAUAAUGUCAACCUCAUCCUCAAAUUUCUGUUUUGAUUACAGGCCGUACAUUGUCAACUGGUGCUUGAGUCUUAAGAUGCUAGACGGCCAUGUUGUCACCCAGAAAGAAAGUUUGAAAGGGGAGUGGCUGUACAGUCAAGGGAAGGGACGUUCAUUCCAUCCAGGACAGCAUGCCCAGCUUGUGGAGUUUCUCAGCCACACAUGCCCUGUCCCAGCUGAGACCGAGCUGCAGACAAAAGAAGAUGAGAAACUGGUCAAGAUCUUACAGCAGCAGCGUCUUCACCAACAGCAGCUCCAACGCCCUCCCACCAUGUCCCACCAUCACCAUCCUGCCAGUAGUCCUUCCGAAAGAUCUCCCCACCAGGGAGGUCCACACCACAGACACUCACCGAGGCAGAGCACUCCUGCCACUGGCAAGAGCUCCGGGAAGAAAUCUCCAAAGUCUCCGAUGGAAGGAGGGGUCCACUCUGACGCUGUGGCUUCCUCUCCUCAGGGGAUGCAGGACACCAGGCAGGUAGGAGGAGUACCAGGGACGGCCUGGGAGUCAACAACAGCGGGGGGACAGCCUGUGCAAUUGAACUUCAAACCUGGCGCUAUGGAAAGAGAAAACUUGCUCGAUAUGGUGCUGCAGGAUCUAGAAAAUGAAGAAACCAUGAGUAACACAAGUCAGCUAGCCUCCGAGUCUCAAUACUUGCCAGUGUCCACUGCAUCCUCCCCGACUAAGGCGAUCGACCAGCGACCCUCAACAGCCCCUCCCCAUGCCAUCCCCUCUCGCGAUGUUGACCCAAUCCCCGCAGAGGUCAAGCCCCAGCAGCGUCCCUACACAGCAUUCACAUUCCACAAGGAUAUGUCACUCUUGUCAUCAGGUCAAAAGGACAUAGGUCACGACCUCUCCGGGAAACUUGCAUCUCCGCAGCCGACCCAUAGUACGACAAAGUACGAUGAGUAUGACAGAAGGCCGAUGAAGCCACUUGCUAAGGUUGGGGCUGCAACCAAGAAAGCUAAAGUCCACGUCACCCCUAGCCCGAAGUUGAGUCGGAAACCGCGGGUGGUGCAGGGGAAACACACCAAUCCAGCUACUCCAACAGGUACCACACCGAUCCGUCACCGAUCACCGAGCCGAGAAGUGGGGAAGAAGGACGACACCUUCAGUAGCUCAGAGCUGAAGAGGAUCAAGGAGAUUGCCAAUAGUAGGAGGAUGGCUAAGAGUCCGACGGCCACCUCGCCGAAGCAGACUAAGAAGAGAGAUAGAAGAGGGGUUACAGUGGAACGAACUGAUAGGAAGGCAUCCACUGAAGGGGAGGAGGAGAGGAGCAUACAGUCUGCUCAGAAGGCUGGUGCUUCUAUGAUGUGCAAUCAGGAUGCGGCCAAGAGCCAGCCGAGAAUGACCAGCAGUCAAGACAAGCAGGCCAAGGCAGCCAUUACGAUUCAAGCUUUCUGGAGAGGUCAUAGUGCAAGACGGCGUAACCCGGUAGUCAUCGACACCCAGAAUGCCAUCAGAGUCCAGAGGGUGGACGACCACAUCAAGUUUCUCAAUACUGAACUGGAAAGAACGAGGCAGUUAUACGAGCAAGAGAAACAGCUGCGUACUCUGCAGAUGGAGGCCCUGAAACUUCUUUGGUCCCAGGUGAAGACAUUACAUGAUUGGAAACAUGACGUAGAGAUCACUGAGGAAGGAUUCCCCGGUAAGAGACAGAUGAAGACUGUUGCUACGUCCCCACUCUUCAAGAAGACCAAGGAGGACAAUGAAAAGGUCUUUGUCUUCCCUGAGGAGAGCGAAAGACCAACGACCUCAAAUCAGGAAAACCUUCAGCAGCAGGUGAAGAAGUUGCAGGAGUCGAUGGAUGCCAUUGUAAGCCUGAUAUCCUCAGGAGGAUUGAACGAUAGUCAAACGUCAGAUCAAAUCACUCAAAUAGCAUCUCCAUUACGCACACUGACAAGACCACUGACUCUUGAUCGCCCAGGAGAACUUGAGAAAUCUUCUCCAGCUACUAGUAUCCCACGUAAACCUCAGAACGUCCGUGUAUCUUUGCGCUCCGACACAAGCCUCUCCCUUAAUUGGACCCCCUCCUCCAUCGUUGAUGGAUCAGCAGUGUCCAGUGCAGUCAGCUCUGUCCUCGGCUACCGGCUGUACAUCAAUAAAGACAAGCGCCCUCUGGAGUCCAUUGAAGUCCCAACAACCCAAGCAAUUCUGGGAGGGCUCUUGCCAGGACUGUACAGGUUUACUGUCUGUGCCUUUACAUCUAUAUGUGAAUCACAAGCCUCUGACGCUGUAAGUAUUGAAAUACCUCAGAUGAGCAAGUAUGCCGAUCAAGGCAAGCAGGAUCGCAUCUUGCACUCGCCACUAGGUACUGAUAAGAGCCAAGGAGAUGCUUCCAUCCUGGAUGAUGACAUCCCCACACAAGAUUUGGACUGUAAGGAUGCGUUUGAUGAUACCUUCCGCACAAGUCUACCACCUUCGCCAGAGCCCCCACUUGUGCAGACUCAGAUUGAUGAUUCCCAAAUUGAGAAUGCCGCAGCCUUCACAGUCGCUCGGGAGAUGAGUCUGGCGAUAGUAGAGCAAGCCAUGAAGACGGCUCUUGAUUCGGAAGAAUCAGCAGGCGAUGCGUCUGUCGGGAAUGAUCUGCCUCCUCGAGAUGAUCCAACUGGGGACAGCUCAACAGGAGAUGGUAGUAGUCCUGGAGGUGGUAGUCCUGGAGGAAGUAGCUGUCCUGGAGGAAGUAGCUCCCCAGGAGGAAGUAACUCCCCAGGAGAAGGUUCCCUCCCAGGAGGAGGUAAUGGUAAAGUACAACAGGAUGAAAUGACUGACCAUACUCCUCCUGAAGGAGAGACAUCUGAAGAAGGUCCUACCACCAGCUUAGCUAGCAAGGAUGUCCAUUCUACAGCAGUAAAGCAUGAUGCAGCCUUGGUAGACACUGCAUUGAUUCAUCGACAGAACUUACUGAUCGAGCAUCUAAUAGAUAUGAAAGGCAUGUCCCAGGAUGCUGUCCUUGUGAACUUGCUCAGCGAAAUAGCUCAACAGUCGCCUCAUCAUGACUUACAGAGGGGUGGAGUUGAAAACUUGCUGUCCUUUCCAACCCACCAGGAAAGCAUUCAACAGAACUCCUUAUCUGAAACUGUCAAGUUUGAACAGGAUAUCCGAGCGGCAACAAACGAACAGAGCAGUGCGACGGUAGGCACCAGUGCCUCAAAGGGUGACCAGUGUCUGCCAGGAAUCAAAAUUGAAGUAACGGCACUAGAACCACAAGAACAGUCAAGUGCCAGUGACAUUCAGUCCAUGAAGCGACUCACUGUGUCGCCAGCCAAGGGUCAGGGAAUUGGUCUACCAUCAAGUGGCUUGAAAGCACAGCCUGGCAGACCUGCUGCAGAUAUACCAGUCCACAUUCCUCGAGGAGCCGUAAGAAAUCUCAUGAUUCGGGAGCAAGGCAGCCGCAGCCCCUCGCCUAAGAGGGCAUGCAAAACGUCGUCUACAGCCUACGCCAACAGAGAUAGGUCCCACUUAUCUCAAGUGCUCACCAGCCGACAGCUGAAGCCAAGCAAACUUGCCAUAAGCUUUUCAGGGCCAUCUUUAGUCAGCGACCUAAAGCAAGGGUUCCCUGACAAUGACUUCAACAGGCCAAAGAGUCAAGAGAUUGAGGCGUUGAAUUUGGAGAUGUCCUCGUUGCAAUUAUCCCAGCAGGAAUCUACAUGUACGCUGGAUGAGAGUAGUUAUGACGAAGGCACAGUUGGACUUAAUGAGGUGUCGAGAAUGAAGGAACCAGGUGAUACCUCUCCCACCAAUGGCUACAAGGACACGCCUCUCUACUCCUUGCAACCAUCCGCAUCAGCCGAGCUGAUCCAAGACACAUCUGAUCAGAUGCCUUCCCCAUACACGGAGGCCCAAGACACAACUCAAGGCCCAUCUGCUCUUCCUUCCCCUCCUCCCUCUGCCUCAACUGACCCGACGAAAAAGGACUCCAGGAACAAAUCAAGAGCAAAAACACCCUCCUCUAGUAAGACACCCGCCUCCACUAAGGCACCUCAGGAAAACACAAGCCCAGAGUCAACUCGUGAGUCAGCCAGAACCACGGAGAGAAACCCACCGACCCUUGGGUCACCGACUAAGAGCAGACUACCGAGAAUGUUCAGUGGAAUCCCGGAGUCCAGAGCGAGGUCGGCCUCUCCAUCUACCAAGACAGUGGCUCCAAAGAAGAAGACGUCGCCGUUGUUCAUCAGUAAUAAGAAGACAGAUAAGGGGGAGGGGGAGUAG